UUGUCUUACAUCGUGGACUCUGCAUCCAACAAAUCAUUGUUCACCUUCUUCUCAGAGUUCAACAAACCAUGGAAGGAAAGUUACGUACUCGAAAACACCAUCAUGGGUUUAAUGGCUAUGGUCUCCAUCAGUGGAAACGUUCUAGUCAUUUCAUUCUUUGUGAGAUUCAAAGCUAUUCGGCAAGUCACCAAUCUCUUCAUCACCAACCUGGCCCUAUCUGACCUCAUCUUCACCCUCAUGGUACCCCUGGUAAUGGUGACUAGGGUCACUGGGGUAUGGGUCUUUGGCGAGGUACUAUGUCGCCUCUUGACGGCGGUUGAGUUUGUGUGUGGUAUCGUCAGCGUCUGGACUAUGGUGUUAAUCAGUGUGGAUCGCUACCAGGCUAUCGUGUCGUUACAACGGCAUCGAUCAACGCUAAAUAUGACAUUGUUGCGUUUGUUACUCGUCUGGAUUGGAGCAGCUAUCUUCGUCCUUCCAUUGGUUCUGUACUUCCGAACCACAGACUCAACCAUCGAGGAUAACCACACAGGGCUUCGGCGUAACGUCACGGUGUGCACUUUUGAUUUUCCAGGCCCCCUUUAUCUGCCUCUGAUCUACUCCUGCAUCAACAUUGUUGUGGUGUUUAUAAUCCCAAUGUCUAUAAUCACCAGGAAUUACCGCGCCAUUAUGAGAAAGUUCUCCAUGAGUUUACAGCGAAUGCGGGAGCACAUGGUAGCCGCACCCAGGACAGACAGAAGCUCUGCAAAAGCCUCUACCAAUGUACAGCGAGAGGCGAGAGUUAUGAGGAUGCUUAUCACCAUGGUGACAGUUUUUGUUUUGAUGUGGGGACCGGUAACCAUGACGAUAAUCGCCCUUAUGGCAGACUAUGACAGGAAUGGUAUGGAAUCGUAUCAGAUCACGGCUGUGUUUAUCGUGACGUACGCCAACGCGGCCGUUAAUCCAGUGGUUUACGGUAUCCUAAACGCGCAGUAUCGAAAACGCUUUGCGAGGUUAUUCUGUAAGAGCCAAUGCCAGGAGGUGACCGCGAGUAACUCAUCAGUUGGUGGGGGCGGUGGCUCUAUUCAUCAGCAGGUCAUCCGCACACUGAGCGGGAAGGUACGGAACAGGACAUCAUUUGAGAACGGGAAUGCGUGUCAUGAGAACCCCAUGAACAACAUUUGUGAAGCAGAAACGCCUUCCUGAUCUUCGUAAAGAGCAUUUUGCCACAUGCUUAAUGGCAUUUUCAAACUUCUCUAAGGAAAAAACGCACAUGCAAUUUCAACAGUAGUGACUAGAGUGGUUAACCUACACUGCAAAAACUCUAGCUCUGUAUCUAUUUGACAAACAUAGUGUUAGUUAUCCCUGUUACUUAUAGACGAUGUGACCUAUGUUUACAUUCAAACCGCCCUCUGUUGAAAAAACACU